CCGGAAAAGCGAGACGCGCCGCUGGGGGGAGCGCGUAGGGGCGCGGCGGGGCGGGGCGGGCUCCGCCGCCCGGAGCAUCAGGCAGGGCUUGGCGGUGGCUGGAUGGAAGCCCGUGCCCGCGGGGCACGGCCGCGCUCGUCACCCGCCCGCUGGCUGCUGGAGGGAGGACGGCAGAGCAUGCCACCGGCGGGGCGGUUCCGCAGGGACUGACAUGCUGCUGGAGGAGGGAGGGCGCCAGCCCCUCCGCCUUUCCCCGCGGUAGCGGAGGCGAUGCUGCAGGGCGCUUCCCGGACUCUCCCGCAGGCGCCAGGCUAUCGCCCGCAGUACCCGCGCUCGCUGCCGUGAGCGGCCCGGUCCCGGACGGGCCGAGGCGACGGGCGGCGCGGACCCGCGCCCUUCUCGGAGCGGCGGCGGCGGCUGGGGGUGGAGGCGCUUCCCGCGCCCGCGGGGCCCCGCACGGCGGGCGGCUCCGCACGGCCCAUGCGUGUGCAUGAUCUCUGCACCGAGCGGGCGCAGAAAGCGCCCCCGCUCCGCCGCCUCCAUCUUCCAGGGCAGCAGGACCUCACCGCACAGCCGCGACAGUGAACGGCGGGGCAGCGGCUCCGACGGCGCCUACCAGACCCAGAGAGCCCUGGAUGACUGCAAGAUGCUUGUCCAGGAGUUCAAUACCCAGGUGGCUCUAUACCGGGAGCUGGUCAUAUCUAUUGGGGAUGUCUCAGCCACCUGUCCGUCUCUGCAUGCAGAAAUGCACAAAACUCGAACCCAAGGAUGCGAGAUGGCCUAUCAGGCUCAUCAAAAACUAUCAGCAAUUUCUGGCCCGGAAGAUGGUGAAAUUCAUCCUGAAAUCUGUAGACUAUACAUCCAGUUACAGUGUUGCUUAGAAAUGUACACAACAGAAAUGCUGAAGUCCGUAUGUCUGCUAGGAUCACUGCAGUUUCAUCGGAAAGGAAAGGAACCUGGUGCCCCAGCCAAGAUCCUAGAUACUAAAGUGGACGAGAGUUCUGAAGUACCUUUUUUAGAAGACGCAUCAUCAUCACCAUUGGAUAUUCAACAGCAUUUAUGGCAGGUUUCCACAGAUAUUGAACAUACUGAAAGAGAUAUUAGAGAAAUGAAAAACCUUUUAAGUAAACUCAGGGAGACUAUGCCUUUACCACUGAAAAAUCAAGAUGAUAGCAGCCUCCUAAACUUGACUCCAUAUCCAUUGGUAAGAAGACGGAAGCGAAGAUUCUUUGGACUAUGCUGUCUUGUCUCAAGUUAGAAGAUUAAGCCCAGAAGCACCAAGAAAAUCAUUUAUAACUUUGAUUAAACCACUAUUAUUUGACCACUGAAAAGAUGAACAUUGCUACUCUUAAUUAUAAAGUACAUUUUCUACACUAGCCUAUUCCUUUUUCUCUUCUCCAUCCCCCUUUUCAAAAAAGGGUUUUAAUAGUUUAAAGUUGUGGUGGUCAUAAACCAGCUGAGGAAUAGAUUUAGCAUAACUAAGAAUGCUUUUAAAACUUUUUAAAAUAUGUUUUGCAUGCUUACUUUCAACCACUCAAAGACAUAUGAAUAACAGUUAAUAGAUAACUUUAAAGGGGAUUUUUAUUGUUUGAACUGCAGCUAAAAGUUUGUGCAUAGUAUAAUAUUCUUAUUAGUGUCUUAUUAAAAUACUUGAUCAUAUUCUAACAGUCUUUAAGCAUAGAAAACUAUUUAACAGCAAAAGUAUUAAAGCUCUAAAACAUUUAAACAAUAUUGUAACAGGAUUUGCACACAAACUCCAGUUACUUUUUGUGCUCUUAUUCAUAUUUAGUCUUCCACUAUAUCUCAAUUUAAAAACUUCAUAGAAAAAUACCUUAAUUUAUGAUACACAAACCAUAGACAAAAAUACUUAGAACUUGUAAAUACAGAGAAAGCAUAAUACGUACAUACUGUACAAUGCAUAGAAGCAACAGAUUUCCUUUUAAGGUGAUAGUAUCUCUACAAGAUUUUUUUUGGGAAAAAUAAUUUAUUAAAAGAAGAGUAUUGAAAAAAGAAAACAAAACAAUGUAAAAAACACCAACCCAUUUUGUUUCCAAUAGAAUUCAAAGCAUGGUGUCUGCAUAUAGCUAAGUACUAAUUCUUAUAGGGCAUGCCAGAAUUAUCUGAGACUGUAAUAUCUUAAAUGUUUUACAUUGUUAAUAAAGUUUUUUAUUUAACUUAAA